AUGGCCAGCACAGUAGGACAGACAAUCACUUGCAAGGCUGCUAUCGCCUGGGAGGCCGGUGCGCCUCUAUCUAUUGAGGACGUUGAGGUCGCUCCCCCCAAGGCUGGUGAGGUGCGCAUUAAAAUCCACCACACUGGUGUCUGCCAUACCGAUGCCUACACUCUCUCCGGCAAGGAUCCCGAGGGUGCUUUCCCCGUUGUCCUCGGUCACGAGGGUGCCGGUAUUGUCGAGUCCAUCGGCGAGGGCGUGACCUCCGUCAACGUGGGCGACUACGUCGUUGCUCUCUACACUCCCGAAUGCCGUGAAUGCAAGUUCUGCAAGUCUGGCAAGACUAACCUCUGUGGUAAGAUCCGUGCUACCCAGGGUAAGGGUGUUAUGCCCGAUGGCACUUCCCGCUUCAAGGCCCGCGGCAAGGACCUCCUGCACUUCAUGGGUACCUCCACCUUCUCGCAGUACACCGUCGUUGCCGAUAUCUCGGUCGUCGCUGUCACUCCUAAGAUUCCCACCGAUCGGUCCUGUCUGCUCGGCUGCGGUAUCACCACCGGUUACGGUGCUGCUGUCGUGACUGCCAAGGUCGAGGAGGGCUCCAACGUCGCUGUCUUCGGUGUCGGCUGUGUCGGUCUGUCGGUUGUGCAGGGUGCGGUCAAGAACAAGGCCGGUAUGAUCAUUGCUGUCGACGUCAACGACGGCAAAGAGGCCUGGGCUCGCAAGUUCGGUGCUACCCACUUCGUUAACCCCACCAAGCUCGCCGGCAAGACCAUCCAGGAGCACUUGAUUGAGAUGACUGAUGGUGGCUGUGACUACACCUUCGACUGCACUGGUAACGUCGGUGUCAUGCGCGCUGCCCUCGAGGCCUGCCACAAGGGCUGGGGUGAGAGCAUCGUCAUCGGUGUGGCUGCUGCUGGUCAGGAGAUCGCCACUCGCCCAUUCCAACUGGUCACCGGUCGUGUCUGGAAGGGAUGUGCUUUCGGUGGCAUCAAGGGUCGCACACAACUGCCCGGUCUGGUCGACGACUACCUCAACGGCGAGCUCAAGGUGGACGAGUUCAUCACUCACCGUCAGUCGCUGGACGGUAUCAACACCGCUUUCGAUCAGAUGAAGGAGGGUGACUGUUCACCCUCCCAACCCCCUUCUCCACAAUCCCCCCGAACCCCCCUCCUCCUAGGCCCCUCACCAAUCCACCCCCUCCCCCGCAUAACAGCCGAUCUCGCCAAAAACAACCCCCACCCGUUGGUAACAAUCUACGCCAAACGCGACGACCUAAACUCCGCCUACGCCUACGGCGGCAACAAAACCCGCAAGCUAGAGUAUCUACUCGCGGACGCGCAAGCCCAAGGCUGCACGACCCUCGUCUCCAUCGGCGGCGUGCAAAGCAACCACACGCGCCAGGUCGCCGCCGUCGCCGCGCGCUCGGGCCUAAAAGCCCGUCUCGUGCAGGAGCACUGGGUUGACUGGACAGACCCUGGCUACGAGAGCACGGGCAACAUCCAGCUGUCGCGACUGAUGGGCGCGGAUGUGCGACUCGACCCGUCCGGGUUCGGGAUCGAGCAUAAGAAUACCGUGCAGAGGGUUGUGGAGGAGGCGAGGGCGGAUGGUGAGAAGCCUUAUUAUAUUCCUGCUGGGGCGUCGGACCAUCCGCUUGGUGGACUUGGGUUUGCGCGGUGGGCGUUUGAGGUUCGGGAGCAGGAGGGGGAGAUGGGGGUUUUCUUUGAUACGGUGCUUGUUUGUGCUGUUACCGGGUCGACUUUUGCCGGGAUGAUUGCUGGGUUUAAGUUGCUUGAGCGGUUGUAUCCUGCGGAUGCGAAGAGGAGAGUUAUUGGGAUUGAUGCUUCGGCGACGGUUGAGGCGACUCGGGCGCAGGUUUUGAGGAUUGCGAAGAAUACUGCUGCUAAGAUUGGGCUUAGUGAGGAUGAUAUUACGGAGGAUGAUGUUAUUCUUGAUGAUCGGUAUCAUGCUGGUAUCUAUGGUGUUCCUGAUCGUCAGACUUGGGAUGCGAUUGAAUACGCGGCGAAGAUGGAGGCCUUUAUUACUGACCCUGUCUAUGAAGGGAAGAGCUUUGCCGGCAUGAUGGAUAUGAUUCGUCGUGGGGAGAUCAAGGGUGGAAAUAUCUUGUAUGCGCACCUCGGUGGGCAGUUGGCCUUGAAUGCUUACUCCGAGCUUGGUCGGAUCAAUGAAUAG